AUGGGAUGUCUGAAUUCUGUUGACGGACUCUCAGCAUGGCCUUCAACCUGCCAGACAACUGCACGGUAUGCAACAUCAAGAAAUAGUGCCGAACAAUCAGAACCGCAUUAUGAAAAUAUAUUAUUAGAAGAACUAUUAGAUAUACAUAAAUAUUCUACUAAACUUGUUUUAAUUAAUCGAAACCUAAAUGAUCAAGAUAUGAAAAUUUUGGCUACGUACAUAAAAAUAAAUCAAUUUUUAAAUCAAUUGGAUUUAACUAGUAAUGAAAUUACAUGUACAGGUGUUGUUUAUUUAAUGGAAGCAAUAUUAAAUUUUAAUUCAACAUUAACAGAAAUAUCAUUUUCAAAUAAUCAAUUAGGCGAUAUCGGUGUAAAAAUAUUGGCUCUUUAUUUAAAAACCAGUGAGCCAUCUGACAUGUCUCGAAAAAUCAUCUUUUAUGCACCCCUCCCCAUUAUGGCAGUAAAAGCUUUGAUUUUAAAUAAGGAUCAAAGGAAGAAAAACUUGAUCUCUAAAAAGGCUCAGAAAACGAGUGCAUCUCCUAUUUUACCGUGA